AUGAUUGUUCUUCGUCAAAGUCAGGCACAUAAACAUCAACGAAAUGGUCAUCUCAAAACUGUAAAAAUACUUGCUACUUGUCUUAUUUUUACGUAUCUACUGACUAUUCUGUUCUUUCGCCUACCAGAGCAAUAUACAAAUCUAUCAUCAAAUAUGGUAUUGAUAUAUUUUUCUAAAUUAGUCACAUAUUAUUGGAGAAAAAUAUUUUUGGUACCGAUUCAAAUGGAACAAGCUGUGUUGAAUCGUGUAGCUCAACUGAUCCGUGCACCAGCUGCUGACAUUUCUCGUCCAUCAGCUACUUUGAAACGGCCGAUUAAACAUGUUUUUAUCAUAGUUCUAGAAUCUAUUCGAGCCGAUGCUGUGCCAUUAAAUGAGAGUCUUGCCAACGCUGUCAACUUGAAUUUCACGUUCAAUACAACUGCGGAAACUGUCACACCACUGCUCAGCUCUUUGUGGACGAAUUCUGUACAUACAAUUGCAUCAGUUGCGUCAUCGUAUACAUUAAAAAGUCUUCUCAGUAUUUUUUGUGGUAUCUAUCCAAUCAAUGUUAAUUUUCUCAAAGAAGCAAAUCCCGAGAAUAUAUUAUAUGAAAAAUGUUUACCAGAACUACUCCGCGAAAUUUUUCUAACGAAUAACAAUGAGCCAGCUUUUAGUUCAGCCUUUUUUACGGCAGCACGUGAUGAUUUUGAUCAUCAGCGUGAAAUAAUUGACAAGAUGAAAUUCGAUACUGUAAGGAGUGCUUCGAAUAUUUAUCAUGAGAUAGGAUAUAUAUCCGAUCUUGGUAUGUUUGGACCUGCUGAUCCACAUAUCUUACCUCUCUUGUGGAAAUGGAUUGAUCAAAAUUUAGCAGAACAACCAACAAAACAUUUAAUGACGAGUUUAUUAAUCACUGGAACGCAUGAACCUUUUCCUAUGCCGCAUAAUCAGCGACAGGAUGAAUAUUAUUAUUAUAUUGAUGAGAGCCACAUCAACAAUUAUCUCAAUGCCUUACAUAUUACUGAUAAAUUUAUAAAAGAAAUUAUCGAUGGUUUUGUAUCACGUCAUUUAUACGACGAUACCCUUUUCGUUAUCACGAGUGAUCACGGCUAUGUAUUUAACGAUCAUGGAAGAGAAACACUUGGGUUACUGAGUACGCCUUUGGAGUCUGCAUUGUCAGUUCCCUUAAUAUUACACAAUCCACAUCUCGAAGCUAAACAACUCAAUGGUCAAUUUACCACCAUGGAUAUUUUGCCAACUAUCAUAGAUGUACUAUUAUCUUCAAUCAAAUCUGCUGAACACCCCACCAAUCAACUAUUGUCUGUACCAAGUGGUAAAUUACAAUCAAUAUUAUCUCGAUACGAAGGAACAUCAGUUCUACGCAUGCCAAUUGCACAACAACCCGCUCGGCACACAUUCCAGUUGUCUAAUCCCGGUAAUUCUUAUAUUAUUGUAAAACAAUAUCCAAGAAAACUCACCUAUGAUGUUGCAAAUGAUCAAGUACAUUUGUAUCAUCUAGGAUAUGAUCCUUUGGAAUUAGUUGAUUUAAUCGUGCUCGAUGAUGCAAUUGCAGCUUCACAUCCACCAUGGGUUGAUAUACUCUGUGACAAAAGUAGAAUAAAAAAAUGGAAAGGACUUUGGCAAAAUGAAAAAGUGAAUACAGAUACUCAACAUAACCUUCUAUUGGAAAAUAAAACUUUUCUGUCAAUAGAAAAGUCUAAUGCAAUUAAUAAUAGCAGUGUACGCUUGAAGGAUAUGUUAGAUUGGGCUGAUCAAGCUUUUGAAGUGGCUCGCCUUUGGAAAAAUCUUGUGAAACAACGUUACCACUACAACUCAGAUCAAUGA